AUGCCGCAUCCAAAACGUCAGUUGGUGACAGGGAAGGUUCUGAUCGACAGCACUAAAGAUAAGCAGAUAGACAGUAUUAGUUUACAUGUGGUAGGAGAAGCUGCUGUUUACUGGGCAGAGAACGAAGGUAAAAGAGAAGGCAAGAAAACAAUCCACUAUCAAAACAGAGAACCCUACUUCAACCAGAAUUUCCUUCUCCUAGGCUACAGUAAAGGAUUUACCAUAAAGUCCGGAUCACACGUCUUCCCUUUCAAAUUCCAACUCCCACAAAACCUCCCCUCCACAUUUGAGGGGGAGUACGGUAGCAUCAAAUACAAACUAAGAUGCUCAAUUCAGCGGUCCUCCAAGAAGAAGUUCCCGGACACCACACUAGAUAUAAACGUGAUAUCACUGUUCAACCUCAACAUCGUCACCUCCGCAAGCAAUCCGCUCUUUGUGAGCAGACUGUUACAAAUCCCGGGGAAUGAUCAGGAGCAUCUCAGACAAGGAACGGUUAGUGUUUGUUUAACGACCCUCAAAUCAGGGUUUGUCCCUGGGGAAACAAUCUUGGUCAGUGCGGAGAUCAGAAACUGUUCCCCCAGAGUUAUCAAGAAAGUAGGACUACAGCUGGUCUCGGUGGAGACCUACAAAAGUAAACUGAGGUCCACUACUUGCAGAAAGGUGCUGAGUAUUACGCGAUAUGAGAACUGUAAAGUGUACCCCGGGCAUUUCUUAGCCUGGAACGAUGUAUGUCUUGUGGUUCCUCAGAGGUUACCACCAUCAGGGCUACCUUGCUGUUCUAUCAUAAAAAUCAAAUACAUCCUCGAGGUGACGUUUAAACCAUCAGGGAAUAUUCCAGCAAUGAGCUCGUCAUGUGACAUCAUCUUAGGAACUAUUCCACUGAAACAGAAGUUUCCAGUUGUGAGGCGAACUAGAACAUACGAGAAGUUAUCCUCGUCUACAGAGGAUGUUAGUGAGAAUGUUGGGACGGAUAACAAGUUCCGACCAAGGAGUAAAUCUAUAAGUUGCAGAAGUGAGCCCACUGCGGUGCGAGACGUUGAGCAAGCUAAAAAACCUCUCAUCAGACUCAAGUUUGGUUCAGAACCCCAUGUUGCUAGAACGCCACGAAUGAAGAAGAUCAUAUCUGGUUCUGAAAAUGAUCUCAACCAUCGUACCAUGAUGAGACCUCAAACCAACAGGAACCCUCCCCAGCGACCUUCUAGAACAUCCAGCCACCAACACCUCUCCCAACCCUCUGUAGAACUAUCUGAGCCCAGAAACUACGUGUCUGAACCCAAAAACCACGUCUUCAGGUCCGCAAAAGAAGGCAGCAACUCCAGCAGUACUUCUGAUGGAGUCUAUGAUUGCUACACUAGGAGGAGGAGUAAAGGAGGAGGAGAUAACCCGGGGUACGUUACUAUAGUGGAGAGGGAAGAGGAGAGUGAUAAUAUGUUGCGGGUUUUAGAGUCAGGAGCUUGGGAUGAGGAGACUUUUAGUAAACUACUAAUGUCUUCGUAGAUGAGGGUUUUAGUAAACUACUCAUGUCUUCUUAGUUGAGGGUUUUAGUAAACUACUCAUGUCUUCUUACUCUUAGUUGAGGGUUUUAGUUAUAAACUACUAAUGUCUUCUUAGAGUUAGUGGAUGGUUUCAGAGUCAGGAUCUUGGUGAAUCCACUUAUUGACUGACUUUAUGUUUUAUAGUGUAUCCUCAGACACUGGCAUAAUUUCACAGUUAAUCACUUCAUGUAAUUAUAGUGUGUGUGUGAGGCCUCCUUUUAAUUCCUUGUGCAUGAUCUAUUUUUCCGUGAUCUAUUUCUUUGGUUGUAUCGGAACAGUUUCAUUCACGUUGACUACUUUUUCACAGUUUAUUAUUUAGCUUUCGAGCAGUAUACUAUUUUGUUUUCUAUAUUUUUUCAGACUUUUGCUUAAGUCUAUUUAUACAUUACUUUAUCAUAUUUUAUUGAACUAAGGUGUAGUAUUUUAGUAGGACCUAACAUUGAAUUUUAGUUCCUACCUCAGUUGUAACUGAUGAUAUUAUGGUUUUGUAUCAUGAUUGAAACAUUUGUCUGACUCA